UGAAGGUUACGUGUACCUAAAGUCCCAACAUAAUAUACCAAGUACGUCAUAUUUGGUCUACGGAAAAAGUACGUUUCAUAAAUUUGAAUAUAAAACUAGCGUUGUCCUUGUCGGUCUUGUUGGCCGGCGCCACUACUGCUUUCAACGUGUACUGGUGAAUACGUCACUGUAUAGCGUUUCGUCCUUUCGGCAGGUUCGACAAGGUUCCUUUUCGCUCCAACGAAUCUUUGUACAACACGGGGUUAUGAUGUGCUCGAACCGGCCUACUGCUAAAGCCGCUUCCGGUGACGCAACGAUGACACAAAGUACCUACCUACUGUACGUUACUAACAUCACAAGAAAUGCACAUGCCAUUUUUACAAUGGAAAACAAUCGUACUACUAAGCUACCCUUAAAUUUGUCGGUGCAAACGGCCAUUAAACACUGACCGUUUAUUAUUGAAUGCGACUAAUAAAUUGUUCCGACUUGAAUGCAACCGCUCCGUCAUUUGUCCGAGUCGUUGCUGCGCAAACGCGGCCUUUUCGGGGAAAUUGACGUAAUAAACAAGUCCGUGAACCUCCAUUUUGUGUGUAGUUGUUACGUGUUGUGCUUAAAAUACAUUUGGUGCUUAUUUUCUACAUUAAAAGUGCAACGGACAUUAAAUAGUUGCCGUUACGAACGUUAAAAGGCGAUGCAACGAUGCACCCGUACCGUUUGACGCUUUAAAAACAUUUAGGAAGCCCCACCGAUGGCCGGAAUAAGCGAAAUACGCGAGGAGUACACGUCGAGCCUGCAAGAUUUGACGUUCAACAGCAAGCCGCUGAUCAGCGUACUUACGAUACUGGCGGAAGAGAACGUCCCGCACGCCAAAGAAAUCGUCGAGGCAAUCGAAUCGCAUCUCUCAAGGGUGCGCGUCGAGGUCAAACUACCUGUUCUGUACCUUAUUGACUGUAUUAUCAAGAACGUUGAUGGACCGUACACUGCACUUUUUUGCCAGAAUAUUGUGUCGACGUUUUGCAAUGUUUUCAAGCAGGUGGACGAACAGACGCGAGCCGAGAUGUUCAGGCUGCGACAGACGUGGAACGAUGUCAUACCGCCAAAAAAGCUGUACGCUUUAGAUGUACAAAUUGCCCAAUUGGAUCCGGCCUGGCCCGUAACAGCGCCGCCUCCGAGUAUUCACUUUAAUCCCAAGUUCUUAAAGACGACCACCACCACGGCCUCCGGAACGCUAACCGCGCCGAUUAGUUCUAAGUUAAACAAAAACUCCAUGACGAAUACGUCGUCGCUCGACACGAAAACCCUAAGUAUGCAACAGAAACUGAUCAAUAAGCAGAAGGAGUUACUCGAAUUGCAGCAGCGUAAGUUGCAGUUGGAGCUGUUACAAACGCAAGUAAAAUUACAAGAACAACAACUUAUUCAAAAUACUAGCACUGUGAAAACUACGCCGCAAGUUAACGGUCCUCAUACACAGAAUUUGCUUCUCAAACCCGAAGUUGCUAAACAAAUGUCCUCUUCAAAAAACAAAACAAAAACCUCGCCGCCCCAAUCGAACGCAAAGAGCUCGUCGGGUGGUUCGAAAAUUUCGCCCGCUAAUAGCAAUCCGGCGAACGCGCGGCCGAUAAGGGACCCUCGGCUAUUGCGCCAGCAGCAGCAACAGCAGCAAGCGCAGCAAGCAUUGUCCAAUGUUAAUGCUAAUGUUCAUUUAGAGUCUAAGUCAAAAUUUGGAUCACAACACACACUUGAUUCAGAGAAUAAAUUUGUUAACAGUAAAACGAGUGUUCGAAAUGAUCACGUCGAACAUCGUCUAGUAAAUAAUAAAGGUAACAUUGAUUCUCAUGGCAAGUCUAAGACUUCGCCUCAUUCCUCUCCCCUUAAACACACCCAGAAAAUUGGCAGUUCAUUACGUAAAAAUAGUAAGUUUUCACGUGAUUCCAAAACACCAAACAUCUCAGAUACAUCAUCAGAUAAAAUUACAAUCGCCGAUCCAUCUAGUAAAGCAGGUAGAGGUCAACCAUCUAAACCACGCACAUUUGGUAGAUCAUUUUUAAAAAUAAAAAAGAAAAGUGCGGAGAAAGAUUCUCCUGAUAAGGUUGCAGGUACUGUCUCUCCAUCGAAUACGACUGGCUCAUUUCGCAACGAUAAAGAUAGUAGUGCUUUAAAUCGUGCAGAUAAAAAAAGUGAUAAACAAUUACCUAAAAGUUGUAAAAGUGAUAAAGAAAAGUUCAAAAGUGACGGUUCUUUUAAGGACCCCAAGGGUUCAGUUAAGAAUCGUAACUAUAUGAGACGCAACCGUAACGCUUCGGCUAGCCCGGAACCCACACAAGAUCUGGACCUGCGCAUUCGAGCACCGCCGGAAAAGCAACCCCGAUUGCAAGGUGAAAACAACAUUGACGAUAAAACCGGAAAUGACAGCCCGAAACAACCAGUUGAUGUAGACUUGCGUCAGUUGCCUUCCGUGAUAAGCAAAAAGCGACCCUCGACCGAAAACCAAGAGACUUCCAACGCGAAAAAGAGCCGAACCGAAAUGUUCGAUGUUUUGUUUGGUAGCGAAGAUACGGACUUAAGACAGCUGCCGCCCGUAUUAUCACCCCCCAUGCCGUCGGAGCGCCCACCGACACCCCCCGCGCCGAUUAUAUCGGAUAAACUGGAACAGAUCGUCGACGAGUCGAGAAAGGACGACAAGGGCGAAAGUAACGCGCCGAAAAACUCCAAUCUCGACGCGUUACGCGCGAAAUUGGCGAACGCGGUUAAUCAGACCAAAUUGAAGGAAUCGGAGAGUUUGCCCAAGGAAAAAUUGCAGGACGCGAAAAAGGGGCGCGCCAAGAGUUUCGGUUCGGACAAAAUGGAUAAGAUUAUAAUAUCGUCGGCCGACGAGGAGUCGAUUAAAGCGGGAAAUAUGACGAAGGCGCAAAAAAAUGCGUUGAUGCAUAAAAUUCUGGCGCAAAUUGAAACGCAUAAGUUGAGAGAGGCCCAAAGGAAGGAAUGCGAAAGUGUUAGCAACCCGUCCCUGCAGCCGAUUAGCGAUGAGGAGCCCAAUUUUAGCGGUAGCGAAUCGGAUGAGGAGGUAAAGAAGCGAAUAGGCAAGAGUGAUAGAGACGACCGCACGUCUCCCAUUCCCUCUCAAGUUAGCCAAUUGGAAGGUACAUAUCCUCCGUACUCGCGGCAAGCCGACCAACGCGAUCCGAGGCGAACAAGAGCUUGGAGAGGCAGACAUAGGAAAGUUUGGGAUUAUCCGCCUACGGUGCCGCGUCCGACUGUGCGACCAAGCUACCGCGACAACUGGGUGCGCCCAAUGAACGACGCCUGGCGUCCACAACCGUUGUACUCCAAUAAUUUCGGCGAGCACGUCAGCCCGUUCUCGAGGGAGCACGGGACGCAAUCUCCCAAUUCGAACAGCCAAGAAUUGCCAACUUUAGAAUACGCCCAUCCCGAUAGCUACAAAUUUAUAACAAUAGACAAUGAACCUAGGGAAAUACGUUACUACGACGAAACGGCUAUCGUAUUUAUGAAUUCCUCAGAUCCUAGAGAGAUCUCCUUUCAUAAUGGUACUAGAAGAAUUUUCUUCGACGGCGAGCCCUUCUUGCUUAAGCUAAAUUCUCCCUACGAAGAAAUCUCGCUUAAAGGAAACGUUCAUAGGGUGAGACUGGGAGCGCCAUCUCGCGAGAUUUUCAUCGACGGCAAAGGAUACGAAUGCUACUUCGACAAAAAUGAAAAAGUCAUCGAUUUGGACGGCAAUAAAAUCUUCGUCAAACUGGAGGCGCCGCCGCCCCAGGUAAAAAUCGGGCAGGAAAAACGGCUGGACUUAGUCGCCGGGAAAGUACAAUUGGUUGUGGAUGCUAGAAAUAUGUACACGAUAUUUCUCGACGCCAAACUGCAAACUUUUGUAUUGGAGAAUGUUACGCACACUCUGAAAUUCGUCGACUCUCUGCGGGCCGCUUUGAUUAACGACGUACGCUUUGAAAUCGAAUACGGCGGUCUUCCUAAACCGAUCAUGUUGCACGAUAAAAAACACUUUAUCCGAUUUUCCGUGUUGCCGGAAGGAAUUAAACCUGGGAAUGUCAACAUUAAAGACAUGGAGGUGACUCAGCCUGUGGAGAACGAGGCGCUAAGUGAGUCGGUAUCGACGUUACCUUACGAAAACACCAGUCAGGACUCGUUGCCGGAGAAGCCGAAGGAAUUCGAUGGGACGUCGCCGGAACAUAACUCCAACUCCCCGCAUAACUUUCACCACCCUAACUUUAACAAUCUCGAUAUGCUGUCCAGCGUAAUUGCCUCGUCAAUGUUACCGAGCUCGGCAGAAAGCGGGUACCAAGUUGAAGACACAAACUCGCAAGACGUUCAAAGCACAAUCACGAUUCCAAGGGACACUCCCCAAGUGAAAAACCCGCCCUCUUUAAAUAUCAACGACCUAUUCCAAAGACUUGUCGCGACCGGUAUAGUCACGACAGCGGCGACCGCACCCCCACAGCCCGUAGAAGAACCUCCGCCCCCGUCCCCUCCCAAACCCUCGCGUUCUACCGCCCACCACGUUUCGAAACACUUCAAGCCGCCCACGUUUAGUAAACCCGAAACUUUGAAAACUCGGAGGCCUCCCUUGAUCCACAUGCUGUACACCGGAAUGCAGUGCAGCAGUUGCGGCAUGCGCUUUCCGGCCGAUCAGACCAUGUACUACAGUCAGCAUCUCGAUUGGCACUUCCGUCAGAAUCGAAGGGGCAAAAAGAAUAUACGGAAGGCGGCGAGUCGCCGGUGGCACUACACAAUGUUGGAUUGGCGAAAUUACGAGGAAAUCGAAGAUUUGGAAGAGAGGGAGAAAAAUUACUUCGAAAAUCAACAAAACCCGGAUGGCACUAACGACGACGCGGACGAAGAGAUCGAGAUUCCUUGCGUUCCGGCAGAUCCAAAUGUGCCGAACGCGGCGUGCGAGGUCUGCCGAGAUAAGUUCGAGCAAUUUUACAACGAGGAGAAGGACGAGUGGCAAUUACGGAUGGCGAUUCGAGUGGAGGAUAAGACCUAUCAUCCCCUUUGCUACGAAGAUUACCAGGCGUCGUUGGUUGAUCCGUCACUGGAGGAAUCCAAACUGAAUGUUGAGGAACAGGAUGUCGAUCCUAGCAUUCCCGGUUUAGGGGCGGAGCAGUCCGCUAAUGAAACUUACGAUGAUGUCAUGGAGGUUAUUGACAACAUCGAUGAGGAGGAGGCGCCACCACCUGUUGUUGAAGAACCGAAGGUGCCCAAUAUCAGUAUUGACGAUGACGAAGAGGAGGUGGACGACGAUGUCAUUUUAAAUGAGGUUGCCCCCGAAAGAAUUGUCGUGGAUGACGACGAUAAGGACGACUAUGUUAGUGGUGGCGGACUAAUUCCCGGAGUGGUGGUCAAAGUGGAACCUGUCGAUGACGGUUUCGUCGAUGUGGAAGGUGGCCUAGUCAGAACUAAGGAAGUGAAACUUAAGGCUGAAGAUGCUGUUCCUGCCACUGAUGAUGUGGAAACUGUUGCGCCUGCAGUACAAAUAGCACCAGACUCUGUUGAUACAACACAUACAGAGGUUGUGAGUACAAUUGAUGGGAAUGUAGAGUUUGAGUCGGGUGUUAAUCCGUCGACCGGUAUUAGUGGUAAAAUUAAGAUAAACAUAACGAAACCUAUUCCAGCGAUAGUCGCGAAGGAAACAAAGGAGACGGUAGAGGAACAAUUACAGACUGCGGAUUGUAUCGAUCCCAGUCAACCUCUACCGCCCGGCGAGGAACCCGUCCAACUCAACAUCAAACCUGCACUGCAAGGGUUGGAAUUAAAAAGACAACCCACGGUGAAAAAAGGUUCAGAGUUGACGGGUUUGUGUUCUAUAAUGUGAUUUGCUUAAAGACUUGUAAAUAAAUGGAGUGUACAAAUGUGAAUAAAACUAAAUGAAUAUAUUGUAAAUAAGCAUUCCACAAAACCUGUGGUCAUAAGGAACUAUUUUUUCAACACCAAUUUGUGUAUGUUGUUUAUUUUGUUGAAUAUGAAAUUAAUGUAAUUUAAUUUACAAAUAAAAUCGUUGUUGUUACAUUA